AGAAUUUCUGAAAGGAAUUUGACAGGAAAUAAAUUUCAUAUCUCUCAACAAAUUGACCCUUUUUUCGUUUUUGAUCCCACAACAAAUUACUUGUGUACCCACAAAAUCGGAAAAGCUGUUCCCGUGUGCAAAUAUAUGACCGUACAUACGGGAACUGGAAAAUAAAUUUGUUUCCCGGCCGGAGCCAAUUGAAUUCUUGCCUGAAAAACAAGUUUGAAUAUUAAUUGUUUUCUUGGGAUCACGGCGAAGAAGGGGUCUUAAAUUUUCGUUGAGAAAAAAGGUUAGCAAGAAAAGGCAAUGGCUGGAGAAGCCGAGCCAUUGCGGAACCACCAGCCGUCUGAGAAGAAAGAGGAUCAGAAAGUCCCGUUCUAUAAACUGUUUUCCUUUGCCGACAGGCUCGAUGUGGCGCUCAUGACCAUUGGCACCAUUUCAGCCAUUGGCAACGGGUUAACGCAGCCCGUCAUGACUGUUAUUUUCGGCGAGUUGAUCAAUUCUUUCGCCGGGACCGAUACAUCACAAGUUGUGCAUGUAAUCUCAAAGGUAUCCCUCAAAUUUGUGUACUUGGCUAUCGGCGCUGGCAUUGCCUCCCUUCUACAGAUGAUGUGUUGGAUGGUAACUGGAGAAAGACAGGCAGCUCGAAUACGAGGGUUGUACUUGAAAACCAUAUUAAGGCAAGAUAUCGAGUUCUUUGAUACGCAAACAACAACAGGGGAGGUGAUUGGGAGGAUGUCUGGGGACACAAUUCUCAUUCAAGAAGCCAUGGGCGAGAAGGUGGGUAAAUUCAUCCAAUUUAUGUCGACGUUCUUUGGGGGCUUUGCUAUUGCUUUUAUUAAAGGAUGGCGCCUAGCGCUCGUGUUAUCUUCAUGUAUUCCUGCUCUAGCCAUAGCAGGAGGAUGUGUGGCUCUUAUUAUGGCAAAGAUGUCAAGUCGCAGCCAGGCUGCUUAUGCGGAAGCUGGAAACAUAGCGGAACAGACAGUUGGAGCAAUUAGGACGGUUGCGUCCUACACCGGCGAGAAACGAGCAACAGAAAUGUAUGAUAGCAAACUGAAGACUGCUUAUGCAUCUACCGUGAAACAAGGGCUGGCUACAGGCUUUGGAGUUGGUGUAGUGUUGUUAAUUGUCUUCAGUGCCUACGGACUUGCUAUUUGGUAUGGAGCCAAACUAAUAAUGGAGAAAGGAUACACUGGGGGAAUAGUAAUCAACGUUAUUAUGUCCAUUAUGACUGGGGGAAUAUCGCUUGGCCAGACAUCUCCAUCAUUAAAUGCAUUUGCAGCAGGUCAAGCUGCAGCUUACAAGAUGUUUGAGACUAUCAAACGUACACCAAAAAUUGAUGCAGCUGACACUAGAGGGAUCGAGUUGGAAGACAUGAAAGGCGAAAUCGAGCUCAAAGAUGUGUACUUCAGAUAUCCAGCACGGCCAGAAGUCCAGAUUUUUGCAGGGUUCUCACUAUACGUACCAUGUGGAAAAACGGCCGCUUUGGUUGGGCAGAGUGGAAGCGGAAAGUCGACGGUUAUCAGCUUGGUGGAGAGAUUUUAUGAUCCUGAUGCUGGAGAAGUUCUGAUCGAUGGGGUUAAUUUGAAGGACUUGAGACUCCAAUGGCUCAGAGGAAAGAUUGGACUUGUAAGUCAGGAACCAAUCUUGUUUGCUACUACUCUGAAGGAGAACAUAUUGUAUGGCAAAGAAGAUGCCACUGAUGAAGAGAUAAGGAGGGCCAUUCAGCUUGCUAAUGCUGCUACUUUCAUCAACAAGCUACCACAGGGUCUUGAUACCAUGGUGGGCGAACACGGCACUCAGCUCUCUGGAGGUCAGAAGCAAAGAGUUGCAAUUGCUCGUGCCAUUCUGAAAGAUCCAAAAGUACUUCUUCUUGAUGAAGCAACAAGUGCUCUGGAUACGGAGUCGGAACGGAUAGUUCAAGCAGCACUUGACAAUGUUAUGACAAAUAGAACAACACUCAUUGUUGCCCAUCGUUUAACAACUAUAAGAAAUGCGGACAUUAUAGCAGUGGUGCAUGCUGGGAAACUAGUUGAGCAAGGUACACACGCAAAGUUGAUAGAAGAUCCUGAGGGAGCAUACUCGCAGCUUGUUCGCAUGCAAGAACUGAAUAAACAAGGGGCUGCCUCGGACAUAGCAGAGACUGUUUUAGACUUAGACCGAAGCUCGAGCAAGUCUUCAAGCCGCAGAUUUUCCUUGAGGAAAUCUUCAAGCAAAGGGUCAUCAAGGCGUUCCUUCUCACUUUCCUAUGGUAUUCCUGGUUUUGUUGACAUCCAAGAAUCUGAAUCUCCAGAUGAUGAUAUAGAUAAAAAGGAGAAAAAUCCAUUGAUAAAACAUAAAAAAGUUUCUAUCCAACGGCUUGCCCACCUUAACAAACCUGAAUUGCCAUAUUUGCUACUUGGAGCGCUAGGCGCAGGCUUAAAUGGCAUGACAUUCCCGAUUUUUGGACUCUUGCUGUCCUCAGCUAUUAAGAUAUUCUUCGAACCUCCACCUCAGCUGAAGAAAGAUUCUAAAUUUUGGGCACUCAUGAUGGUUGUGUUAGGCGCGUGCACGGUGGUGGCCCUUCCGGUGCAGAAUUACUUUUUCGGAGUUGCAGGUGGUAAACUGAUUCAAAGGAUUCGUUCGCUUUCGUUUAAGAAGGUAGUGCACCAGGAGAUCAGCUGGUUUGAUGAUCCUGCCAACUCCAGUGGUGCAGUUGGGGCGAGAUUAUCUACUGAUGCCUCCACUGUAAGAGGCCUUGUAGGAGAUGCAUUAGGAUUAAUAGUGCAAAAUAUAGCAACGGUAUUAGCAGGGCUUGUUAUAGCCUUCACAGCUAACUGGUUGCUGGCCAUAAUAAUCUUACUUGUCCUACCCCUUGUUGGUUUGCAAGGAUUCUUGCAGAUGAGGUUUUACAGAGGGUUCUCUGCUGAUGCCAAGGUCAUGUAUGAAGAGGCUAGUCAAAUAGCCAACGAUGCUGUCAGCAGCAUCAGAACCGUGGCAUCUUUCAGUGCCGAGGACAAGGUGAUGAAGAUGUACGAGGCAAAAUGUGACGCUCCUUUGAAGCAAGGAGUCAGACUCGGAAUUGUAAGCGGAGCAAGUUUCGGGGCUGGUUCUUUUGCACUCUACUGUGCACAAGCAUUUUGUUUCUACAUUGGCGCCGUCCUAAUUAAACACGAUAGAGCAACAUUUGGGGAAGUAUUCAAGGUUUUCUUUGCCCUGACGAUGGCCGCAACCGGGGUGUCCCAAGCAAGCGCAACGGCUCCGGAUGUCAACAAAGUUAAAGAUUCUGCUGCCUCCAUAUUUGAGUUACUUGACAGCAAACCGAAAAUUGAUUCUAGUAGUGAUGAAGGCACGACUUUGGCUAGUGUUAGUGGUUUGAUUGAGUUACAACAUGUGAGCUUCAAGUACCCGACUCGUCCCGAUGUUCAAAUCUUCAAGGAUUUAUGCCUAACCAUUCCCCCUGGAAAGACUGUUGCACUGGUUGGAGAGAGUGGAAGUGGAAAAUCAACGGUUAUAAGUCUAAUAGAAAGGUUCUACAAUCCCGACUCGGGCAAGAUAUUCUUGGACGAAGUGGAAAUUCAGAGAUUCAAAAUCAGUUGGCUGAGGCAACAGAUGGGACUGGUCAGCCAGGAGCCCAUUCUCUUCAACGACACGAUCCGCGCAAACAUUGCCUACGGGAAAAAGGGAGAUGUAAGGGAGGAAGAGAUCAUAGAAGCAACAAAAGCAUCCAAUGCCCACAACUUCAUCUCCGGUCUGCCUCAAGGCUACGACACCAACGUCGGCGAGAGAGGCGUCCAGUUAUCAGGCGGACAGAAACAACGCAUCGCCAUCGCCAGGGCAAUACUCAAAGACCCGAAAAUCCUCCUGCUCGACGAGGCAACGAGCGCGCUGGACGCCGAGUCGGAACGAAUAGUCCAAGACGCACUAGACAGAGUGAUGGUGAACAGGACGACGGUCGUAGUCGCCCAUCGCUUGACUACAAUAGUCGGGGCGGACAUAAUCGCGGUCGUGAAGAAUGGAGUGAUCUGCGAGAAGGGAAGGCACGACGCGCUGAUGCAGAUCAAAGAUGGCGUGUAUGCGUCGUUAGUUUCUCUGCAUACGAGUUCGGAUUAACUGUCGUCGGUGGCAAUAAAGAUCAUGCAGACGGUGGGAUUCAUGCAUGGGCAGGCACGCGAAGCGAUUGAUGUAGAAAAGGAAAACAGACAAGACUGUCACGGCGAGUGAGGAGAAACAGAUUCGGCCAACGGGGCCCAACUUAGUGUCAAGGUUUGAAUAGUGACAUUGGAACUUGACUAGGGAGGAUUGACUCUGCACCAUAUGUUAGGCCCACAAAACCAUAGGAUUGCGCCAGCUCGUGUUGGCUAAGCUCUUUAUAAUUAACCUACUGAAGCAAAAAUUCAAAAUCAAUCAUAUUGGAAUUAAUUGACUGUUCA